AUGGGACGAGUCAUUCGAGCUCAGCGUAAGGGUGCCGGCUCUGUCUUCAAGUCCCACACCCACCACCGCAAGGGACCGGCCCGCUUCCGCUCGCUCGACUUCGGCGAGAGGAAUGGCUACCUCAAGGGCGUCGUGACGGAGGUCCUUCACGAUCCCGGCAGGGGCGCGCCGCUCGCUAGGGUUACCUUCCGCCAUCCUUUCCGCUACCAGAAGCAGAAGGAGCUGUUCGUCGCCGCCGAAGGGAUGUACACGGGGCAGUUCGUCUACUGCGGUAAGAAGGCCAACCUUAUGGUUGGAAACGUCUUGCCUCUCAGAUCUAUCCCCGAGGGAGCAGUCGUCUGCAACGUCGAGCACCACGUUGGUGAUCGUGGUGUCUUCGCUAGGUGCUCUGGUGAUUAUGCUAUCGUUAUCAGCCACAAUCCUGAUAACGACACCACUAGGGUCAAGCUUCCAUCUGGUGCUAAGAAAAUUGUGCCAAGCGGCUGCCGCGCCAUGAUUGGACAAGUUGCUGGAGGUGGUAGAACUGAGAAGCCUAUGCUCAAGGCUGGUAAUGCUUAUCACAAGUACCGGGUGAAGCGGAACUGCUGGCCUAAGGUGCGUGGUGUGGCUAUGAAUCCAGUUGAGCAUCCUCAUGGUGGUGGUAACCACCAGCAUAUUGGUCAUGCCAGUACGGUGAGGAGGGACGCACCACCUGGGCAGAAGGUUGGUCUUAUUGCCGCGAGGAGAACUGGUCGACUCAGAGGCCAGGCAGCUGCUACUGCUUCCAAGGCAGACAAGGCAUAA